UUCUAUUCUUCAAUAGAUUUCUGGGUAAUGGUUUUUUUUAGCGGAAAGCUGAUUCUGUGAAUAGUUUCAUACAAGCAUAGGAAAAGUCCUGAAAUGGCGGGAAUAGCUAUACUUUUAGAUCUGUGGCGAAAAAACCAAAGCUUUAACGCUGGCUUGUAUUCCGCCCGGACUUAUCAAUCUACUCAGUUCUUCUCUGCCUCUGCCGCCGCCACUGCGGCCACCUUCGCCGCCGGAAGCUCUUUUGCCUCACGGGCUUUGUUCGGGUCACAGGUGGCUUAUUCUGAUGCUGGUGCAGCUUUGCCUGAAGAUUACAUUUCUAAUAUACAAAGUGCAUCUGAAAGGGUUUUUAAAAAUCACGCUCUGCAGUAUAGUACAAAACAAUAUGAUGUCCAACUUAAGCCUCUCUUCUCUGCUUUUGAGUUGAGGACCUUUGCAUUGACAUCCUUAAGGUCAUUUUUGAUGUAUUAUUUGCCUCUUUUGGAGCCCCGUGUUAACAUGGAAGAUGAUGAUGACUCUCUGGAGGACAAUCAAGAAGAUCGUCAUGUUGAUCUAGUUGUACCCUUCAAAAAGUCAGUGAUUCAAAUUAUACGAGAAUCUACUGUUGUGACCACCAGACGCAUUUUAGAAAGAAUUGCUGUUCAUUAUGUUUCACAAAGAAUGGCAUGGAAAAUUCUUAAAGAUGUUCCUCAAUCAGCUGCUCGCAAGGCUGGAAGGCAAAUGCCUACUUUGGUUUACAUAUAUUGCGUGAGCAGAACAACUUUCAGAGGGCACAUGCUUGGAGUUGCAGCGUCAUGGAUCGUUCAAGUAGGGAUUGAUUUAUAUCGAUUCUUUACUUCUGGAUUCAAGACUUUACAAGAGGAUGAUGAUGAGAAGCAAGUUGGUGUUCUUGCACAGAGGGUGUCUGUGGCUGCUGUCAGGUGUAUUUCAUCCUUAAUUUUUGCCUCCAUUGGGGCUGGAAUUGGUGCCACCCUUAUUCGUCCUUCACGUGGCCAAUGGAUCGGGUGUGCUGUUGGUGAUUUGGCUGGUCCUGUUAUUGUAGCCGUCAUUGCUGACAAAUAUUUUCAUGUGACACUUUAGUUCUGGUACUGGGUUAUCUUUCAUGAGCUCAAUUCUUUAAGCCGAAGCUUGUUUAUGAUCCAGCUUUUACAGUUUACACUAGUUAGAUGUACAUUUUUUUUAAUUGCAGCCCCUCUCAAGGGGGUUUGCCUUGUCUUGAUGUAACAAAAGCGACUUGUAGCAUAAAAGAAAUGCUUUUCCAUUGGACAUCAUUACUUUUAAAUGGAUAUUCAUCAACUUCCAGUCAUAUUAGUUAGUAUUUCAAU